AGUAGCACACGUACAGAGCACAUUGUACACAUUACAGCGAGACAGGCCAGUGUUCAUCAGGUUUUAUGUACUCAGUACAGCAAGUAAGAACUACACAGAGUAACACAGAUUUUCCGCACUGAUUAACAGAAUGCAUUUCAUCUCCCAUGCAUUGGUGAUUCUAGGCAUUGUGGUGCAGUCAGCAGCAGCAGAUCCCGGCACUGGAGAAUCUCCUGUCCCUGUAACCUGCUCCAUGAGAGGAACGGAUUUAAAAAAAGAGUCCGCUCAGGUGCUAUGUCCACCAGGGUGCACAGAGCAGCAGCUUUCCGUAUAUGGCCACGCAGUGUACGCAGCCGUGUCCAGUAUCUGUGGUGCCGCAAUUCACCGUGGGGUGAUCUCUAAUAAUGGGGGACCAGUGUCGCUACGUAGGCUUCCUGGACAGCAAAAUUAUCCAGCAAUCUUUGCCAAUGAGUUGCAGUCCCAGCCACUCAGCAAAUGGUCAUCAUCAUUUUCUGUAUCCAAAUUCAAGACUCGGGGGAUGGAAGUCUCAGGAAAGCCUGUGUCCACUCAGGGAUCCUCAGCAAGCAGACGCCAAAAGAAAACCCCAGAGAAGUCAACAGGCAAUAAAGACUGCAAAGCAGAAAUCGCCUUUCUUCUUGAUGGCAGCAACAAUAUCGGUCAGCGUCGUUUCAACCUGCAGAAAAACUUUGUGGCUAAAGUGGCCUUCAUGUUGGGAAUUGGCACAGACGGGCCCCAUGUGGGAGUGGUCCAAUCCAGUGAGCUGCCAAAGACAGAGUUCUAUCUGAAGAAUUUUACAACACCAAAGGAUGUUUCGUUUGCCGUGAAAGAGAUCAGCUUUAGAGGAGGAAACUCCAACAUAGGGAAAGCUGUGAAACACACAGCUCAGGCCUUCUUCACUGCUGCUAAUGGGGUGCGAAAAGGAAUCCCGAAAGUCAUGGUGGUAUUUAUAGAUGGUUGGCCUUCCGACAACAUUGAGGAGGCUGGCAUCGUAGCCCGGGAGUAUGGCAUCAAUGUCUUCAUUGUGUCUGUGGCACCUCCCUCCCCGGAAGAGCUUGGAAUGGUGCAGGAUGUGGCAUUUAUAGACAAGGCUGUCUGCAAAAACAACAGCUUUUUCUCCUACCACAUCCCAAACUGGUUUGGAACCACCAGGUAUGCAAAGCCUCUAGUGCAGAAGCUGUGCACCCAUGAGCAGCUUCUGUGCAGCAAGACUUGCUACAACUCCGUCAACAUUGGCUUCCUGAUUGACGGCUCCAGUAGUGUCGGUGACCAAAACUUCCGUCUCAUGCUGGAGUUCAUGAGUAACAUUGUGCGUGCCUUUGAGGUAUCAGACGUGGGUGCAAAAGUGGCCGCAGUGCAGUUCACUUAUGAUCAGCGCAUGGAGUUUGGCCUGAAUGACUAUGUCAGUAAGGAUGACGUGCUGCGAGCCCUAUACAACAUCCGUUAUAUGAGUGGAGGCACUGCCACAGGAGAUGCCAUCAACUAUGUAGUGCGCAGUGUUUUCCAGUCCGGUAAGGCUGGUCCAAACAAAAACUUCUUGGUUAUCAUCACCGACGGCCAGUCCUACGAUGAUGUCCGGGGCCCAGCCAUUGCUGCACACAGAGCAGGUAUAACCGUGUUCACUGUUGGCGUUGCAUGGGCACCUUUGGAGGACCUGAAGGACAUGGCAUCUGAACCCAAAAACCAUCACACAUUUUUCACCAGAGAAUUUCCAGGGCUGGAGAAUAUUGUCCCAAGCAUUAUUCGUGGGAUCUGCAGAGAUUACCUGGAUUCACACAAGUGAGGGCAUCAGGUAGAAUUCCCCUUAGAGAGGAUUGUUAAAGAGGCAGCUUACAAUUACUGGAAAGACAGCCUCUCUAUUGGGACAGGGUAACAGGCUACGUACGUUACAUGUAAGCAACAGGGAAACUGCGGUUACAGAUUUUUUUCACAGCAUUUGUUAAAUAUGUAAAAUGUAAUCAGUGUCUUCUUCCGCCACUUUGCAAGCAUAUAAAACAAUUAGACCCUUCUGUAUAUGAAGGCAGUUACACAUUCACUGGCAGCUUGGAACCAGUUACAAUCUAACCCGUCCUGAUUUACAUAGUCUUCUGUAACAGGAAUGCGUUGAGCUAGCUGUGGCCAGUCAGUUUUUGCAAUGGAUUUAUUUUAUUGAGCCCAUAACAACUUAAAUCUGUAUCUCAGAAGGCCAAAACACAGAAUGAAAGUUAGGAAAACUAAGAGAUUUACUUUAUUACAGGAAAACAUGGAUGGGAAAAAAAGCACUUCUAAUUUUGUCCUUGUCCCUUUUCUAUGUAUAUCACAUUACAGUUUUUAAACUUUUAUGUGUUGGCCUGUAAAACAAAUUUACCCUACAAGGGUUCAGUAUAAUAUCCCAAUGGACGGGAUGCUGGCGGUCAGACUCCCGACAGCGGCAUCCGGGCCAUCAGAAUCCCUACAGCCCUUCCAACAAAGUACCCUAACCCUCCCCUGCCCCCUACACUAACCCUCCCUUGUGGGUGCCUUACCCUAAACCUCCCCAGUGGUGCUUAUCCCUAACCCUAACCUUCCCUACUUGGUGCCAAAUCCUAACCUCCCCAUCCCAUGCCUAACAUUAACCCCCCCUCCCCGGUACCACCCUUCUUGCCCUGCACCCUAACCCUAACUCCCCCUUCCCUAACCAUACCCUUCUUGCCCUGCACCCUAACCCCCGCUUCUAUUGCCUAAUUCCCCCCAGUACCUAACCAUACCAUUCUUGCCCUGCACCCUCACCCUAACUCCCGCUUCUAAUGCCUAAAACCCCCGGGUACCUAACCAUACCCUUAUUGCCCUGCACCCUAACCCUAACUCCCCCUGCUAAUGCCUAACCCCCCCCCCCAGUACCUAACCAUACCCUUCUUGCCCUGCACCCUAGCCCUAACUCCCCCUUCUAACUCCUAACCCCCCCCCCCCCCCCCGGUACCUAACCAUACCCUUCUUGCCCUGCACCCUAACCCUAACUCCCGCUUCUAAUGCUUAAAACCCCCGGGUACCUAACCAUAUCCUUCUUGCCCUGCACCCUAACCCUAACUCCCCCUGCUAAUGCCCAACCCCCCCCCCCCCCCCCCGGUACCUAACCAUACCCUUCUUGCCCUGCACCCUAACCCUAACUCCCCCUGCUAAUGCCCAACCCCCCCCCCCCCCGGUACCUAACCAUACCCUUCUUGCCCUGCACCCUAGCCCUAACUCCCCCUUCUAAUUCCUACCCCCCCCCCCCCCCCUCCCCGGUACCUAAUCAUACCCUUCUUGCCCUGCACCCUAGCCCCUAACUCCUCCUUCUAAUGCCUAAACCCCCCCCCCCCCCCCCCCCCCCGCCGGUACCUAACCAUACCCUUAUUGCCCUGCACCCUAACCCUAACUCCCCCUUCUAAUGCCUGAACCCCCCUCCUCCCCCGCUGGACGGUUCAGGAUGCCAGGUGUCAGUAUUUUGACGCCGGGAUCCCAAGCUCCAUAACGAUCCGAAGCUCCAUAGGGAUCCCGUCCGGCAACAUUUUAACUACAUCCCUAUAGUAUACAUGAAGUAGGCACUUGCAUAUCCGCAAUGUAAGAGACGGUCACUAGAUGGCAGUAUUGCCACCUGGAAUGCUCCAAAUAUGUAUAGUAUACAAAAUAUAAGCAACUGAAGAUAUAUGCAUACUUGAAUACAAAUGAUCGUAAUAAUAGUUAAACAUAACAGAGAACAAAUACUUAAAUAUAUGCUAUGGAAAAAGAGCAUACACUUUACUAUAUGUUUAACUGAAGGGAGAAACAAUUUAUUUGCCAGGAUUGUAACCAAAUAAUUGAAUUACAUUUGCUUUUGACAGAUUCUCAUAAUUACAUCCAGUAUCUACAGUGUUACCAUUUAUGAGAAAAUAUACCUGAAUAGUACAUUUACGUGUAUAUAUAUUUAUAUAUUUGAGUGAUAACUGAGGAUUGAUAUCAGACCAAAGCAUGUUAUGUUACAUCAAAUAAAUGCAUUGGCUAUAA